AUGUGGGAUCUAGGUGUGUUUGCUGAUUCAAACGCGGUGAAGUCGGUGUCAGUGACGGAGGGAGAUUCAGUCACUCUAAACCCUGAUCUUAGCGUUAAACAAUCUGACAAUCUGAUCAUGUGGAACUUUAACAGGCAUCUUAUUGCAAAAAUCACAACCAACCAUACCUCGAUAAUAAAUUAUGUUCCUGACGGGAGAUUCAGAGACAGACUGAAGCUGGACAGUCAAACUAGAUCCCUGACCAUCUCAGACAUCACAACUCAACACGCUGGAGUUUAUCAAGUAACCAUCAGCAGCAAGAUAAAGUCUGUUUAUAGAUUUAAUGUUAAUGUCUAUGCUCGCCUCCCCGUUCCUGUCAUUAUAAGUGACUCCCCACAAAAUUCAUCAUCAUCAUCUUCAUCACAGCAGAAUUGUUCAUUGUUGUGUUCAGUGGUGAAUGUGGGUCAUGUGACUCUCUCCUGGUACAAAGGAAACAGUUUAUUGUCCAGCAUCAGUGUGUCUGAUCUCAACAACAGUCUGUCUUUACGUCUGAGGUGUCUGGAUGAUUCCUAUAGCUGUGUGGUGAGCAAUCCCAUCAACAACCGGACUAAAUAUGUCAACAUCACUGAUCUCUGUCGGCCAUGUUCAGAUUGUGCCUUCUGUUGUCAUGCUUCUGAAGCUCUCGCCCGAUUGGCUCUCUCCGUUGUGGUGGGCGUGGCUACUGUCGCUAUUGUAGUUUAUGACAUCAUCACAUCCAGGAAAGGUGUAAACGAGAGACAUCAUGACUUACAAUAUAAAACAGCUUCAUGA